AUGCUUGUUAGACUAGCUGACAUGGAGCCCAUGUUUCAGAUCCUGGGUCUUAAUCGUCUUUUCUGCAGUAAGCCGCCCCGAGAAACAUCCGCACUCGAUCCUGGCUUCGUGGUGUACCGCGGUGUGGCAGGUGUUAACACACCCAGUGGAGCCUUCGGAGAGUUUCACCAUUCCAACGUGGUUCCACAUGCCUGGAAGGGCAUUAGCGUGUCCCUGGGCAGCCACGAUUUCCUGCAGCAGCAGGAAGGUUUCAAGCCAAAUCAAGUGCCGGACAGGGGCACCACUGUUUUUCCACGCCUUUGGGUCCGGAUCACCUGCUCCUCAUGGUCGCAUCGAGAGAAGCGGACUUCAAAGAGCACGUCUGGGCACAACCGUCAUACAGAGCCAUGCAGCAAGUUCCCGCCGACGCUCAAGACGAUGCAGUCGCAGGACGAUUGGGACAUCGGCCGCACAAAGACACUGCGGGCUCCCAACAACAUGCCAGAGCUCAUCAACAAUGAGAAAAUCGAGCACAAGGUUGUUUGUGCAGUGAUCAGCGGGCAUAUGCGCCAUGGCAUCCGCAUCGGUCAGAGGGAGCGAAGCUCUAUCUACGACGUGGAGGAGCUCUAUGGCCAAUGCGGGGAGCUGUGCCUGGGAGGCACAGAACCAUGGGGAACAUAG